AUGGGCGACGACAUGAUCUUGCGCGAGAAAAUGAAGCUCAUCAACGAUGCCAUCGACGAGAUCGGCUUCACCUGGUACCACCUCAAGCUCUUCUUCCUCAACGGUAUGGGCUACGCCACCGACACCCAGCUCAACUUCAUCGAGUCGCUGGUGCGUACCUUUGUCAACUACCAGUUUGGCUACCGGUUCGCGGUGUCCAACGAGGCCUAUGCGGGAGGCAUGAUCUUGGGAGGGUUAUUCUGGGGAUUCUCGGCCGACUUGGUGGGACGCAAGCUAGCGUUCAACGCGUCGCUCUUCCUCUCUGCCAUCUUCACCAUUCUCACUGGCGCCAUGGGCAACUUUCCCACCUACUGUUUGUUUGUGCUCCUCUCGUCGUUUGCAGCAGGCGGCAAUUUGGUGUUGGACACCUGUGUUUUUCUUGAGUUUUUGCCCCACAACUACCAGUGGUUGUUGACGCUCUUUGCGUUCUUCUGGGGGAUCGGCCAGACCAUCGCCGUGGCGUUGGCCUACGCGUUCUUGCCCAACAACUCGUGCGAAGGCUACGGAGACUGUCCCUCCCACAAGAACAUGGGCUGGCGCUACGUUUACUUCACCAACGGGUGUAUUGUGUUGGCGUUGGCGGUAUUGCGGGUUACCGUGGUGCGACUCAAGGAGACCCCCAAGUUCUUGGUGGCAAACAACAGAGACGCCGAGGCUGUCCAGAUCCUCCACGACAUCGCCUCCAAGUACGGCCGUCAGUGUAGCCUCACGUUGGCCCAGUUGGAGGCCUGCGGCACCAUUGCCUCCAACGAGGACUACCGCCAGUCCGUCAACGUGCGUGGCACCUUGCGGUUGAUGGGCCAGCAUCUCAAGAUCUUGUUCUCCAGCAAGAAGAUGACCCGUUCCACCGUGCUCUUGUUCGUGUCGUGGUUGUGCUUGGGCAUUGCCUACCCGUUGUACUCGUCGUUCUUGCCCGUCUACCUCGCCACCCGUGGUGCCAAUAUCAGUGCUGACACCACUGCUGGUGUCUAUCGUGACAACUUGAUCAGUAACUCGGCCUCCACGGCGGGACCUAUCAUCGCAGGGUUGUUGCUCUACUACGUCCCACGUUUGGGCAGAAGAGGCGUGUUGGCCAUUGGUGGCUUGUCCACCAUGGCGUUCUUGUUUGGCUACACCGCCAUCCGCAACCGUGCGCAGAACGUGGCGUUGUCGUCGUUGGUCUACGUGACACUCUACAUCUACUACGGAGUCAUCUACGCCUACACGCCUGAAGUCAUGCCCUCGGCGGCGCGGGCCACAGGCAACUGUCUCUGCAUCGUUUGCACCCGGAUCACCACCGCAAUGGUGCCUAUCAUUGCGUGGUACAGUGACACCUCGUCGCUGGUGCCGAUUUGGAUCUGUGGGGCGUUUGUGGGUAUCAUCGGACUCAUUGCACUUGCCCUUCCUUUUGAGCCUAGUAAGUCGCGGGUAGUCUAA